AAAGCCACACACACCCACCGGUAGGCCACCGGCGACAUUCCGGCUGGCCGACUCCAUGGCUAGCUGUGGCGACAUCGACGGCGAGGUCGUCUUCGAGCUCGCGCCCUUCAUACGCAUCUUCAAGGGCGGCCGCGUCGAGCGGGACUUCGGCUCCGACCCCGUCCCGGCCUCCACCGAUGCCGCCACCGGCGUCGCCUCCAAAGACCGCGCCAUCUCCCCCGACGUCGCCGUCCGCCUCUACCUCCCGCCCGUCGCCGGAGCGAGCGGAGAAGGUGGGGCGAGGAAGCUACCUCUCCUCGUUUACUUCCACGGUGGCGGCUUCUGCCUCCACACGGCCUUCAACGCCGUGUUCCAUGCAUAUCUCACCUCCCUCGCCGCGCGCACGCGGGCGGUCGUCGUCUCCGUCGACUACCGCCUCGCGCCCGAGCACCCCAUCCCCGCCGCCUACGAGGACUCGUGGCAGGCCGUCGUCUGGGCGGCCUCCCACGCCUCCGGCGCCGGCGAGGAGGCCUGGCUCACCGACCACGCGGACUUCUCCCGCAUGUACCUCGCCGGCGAGAGCGCCGGGGCCAACAUCGCGCACAACGUGGCCAUGCGCGCAGGCGCCGAGGGGCUCCCCAACGGCGGCAAGAUCAACGGCGUCGUCCUAGUCCACCCCUACUUCUUGGGCCGCGGCAAGAUCCCCUCCGAGGAUUUGGACCCAGUGAUGGCCGAGAACGUCGUGAAGAUGUGGAGCGUCGUGUGCCCCGGGACCACCGGCGUGGACGACCCGUGGAUCAACCCGCUCGCCGGCGGCGCGCCGGCGCUGGACGGGCUGGCCUGCGGGCGCGUGCUCGUAUGCCUCGCGGAGACGGAUGUGAUCCGCGACCGCGGCCGCGCGUACUGCGAGGGGCUCAAGGCGAGCGGGUGGCCAGGGGAACUAGAGGUUCUCGAGGUGGCCGGCCAUGGCCAUUGCUUCCACCUGGUCGACUUCAACGGCGAAGAGGCCGUAAAGCAGGACGACGCCAUUGCCAAGUUCGUCCGUCGGUAGAGAUCGUGCCGGGGAAACUGUUAGCAAUAUUUGCACAUGCUGCUGGUCAUUGCUCUUGCUGUAUGAUUCGUGAUUUGAUUCGUGCUGGUUUCGCCUGAAACGCCUAGUCUGAAUCCAUGUAAUACACAGGUAUCUGUUAGCACACUGCUGCUCAACUUAAAAUAUGUAUCUUUCAUUUUUUUGUUUUGUUUUUCAACUGAAGUAGAUCAAUGUGUCAAAGAUAGGCUCAAGGGCGCUACCAUCACUGUUGCUAAUGGCGUAUUUGUUGAACCAAACUUCAUGCAAAUGGGAUCAUCUGCAGUAUCUAAACUCUUCCUCGAUCACCAACACUCUGCUGCCUUGUGUCCUGAUCACCAAACCAAGCACUGCAUGCUAUUGCCGGCAACCCUACCAAAUCAACCAGGGCCUUGGAUGAGAAUAGCAGACCUCUUGGAUGAGAGAACAGGAGCGAUGCAGUUGCAGAAGUUGUUAGAGCCGCGCCUCAAAUAUGUCAAGUCUUGCACAAAAUAAAAUUGGAUAUGGCCAAGAAAUUGACACGUCUUAUCUUAACUUAUCUCGCUCCUCAGCGCCAAUCACUGCCUAGUUACAGCUAGUUAGUCAAUAAUGAUCAGGACUCUAGGAGAACCGUGCAUGAU